AUGCCGGAACUGGAAAUCAUCAUGGGCGGCUACUCGAUCAACACGGACCAGACCCGAUUGGGACUGUGCACCGUCACGCUGAUUCGCGGUGAGGUGCUUUCCAUUGUGGACGUGGCGCAUUUCGGCCGCCGCAACAUGCUGGUUGACGAGCUCGCCGCGCAUGGCAUUUCCACGGAUGAUAUCGGAAGGGUGAUCCUGACUCACGCCCACUGGGACCACUCCCAGAAUACCGAUCUGUUCCCCAACGCGGAAAUCGUGAUCCACGCCGAUGAGUUGGAAUAUAGCCGCAACCCCCGGGUUGGCGACCUGGCUACCGCGAGGUAUUUCGCGGACACCCUACUGAAUCAGAAGGUGAACGCGGUCAGCGGCGAAACGGAACUGGAGCCCGGAGUCCGCAUCAUCGAAACCCCGGGACACACUCGCGGGCACAUCAGCGUGGUGGUCGAGACAGAUGCCGGCGCGGUGUGCAUUGGCGGCGACGCCAUGUCGGACGCGGGAGCCAUCGGCAGGGGAGCGCCAGCGAUCAUCUUCUGGAGCGAGGCCGACGCCAGGGCCAGUAUCCAGAAGAUCGUUGCGGCGGCCAACACCAUUUAUCCCGGCCACGACCGGCCGUUCCGGGUGGAACCCAACGGCGACAUCACCUAUCUGUCCGAAUCGCAGACGCUGGAGGUCAGCGGUGUGCUGCACUACGCGAGCGGCGCGGUUACCGUGAAACUCGGGCGAGCGGACCACCCCGGCACCACGGUGAUGCCCAGCGCCAUCGACUACCAGGGCGGGGGACAAAGCCACCCGGGUCACUGCUAG